AGCUUUCAUCUAAAAAACUUAUUAUUUAAUUUUCUCAAUCAUGUUGCAAUUCAGUUUAGCUUCAGCUUUCAAUCAAAGCGGAACUCUGUGAUCGAAUUUAUUUUGUGAUUUUGACACUAACUACUUACACUUCGAUAAAUUAUGAGCAGAAAACUCCCUGAUAGUAUUUUGUCAAAACUUAAGGGCAAGCCAAAGGUUCUUGUUACCCAUCCUGAAGUUGGCGAAGAGGCUCUUGAUAUUUUAAACCAAAAAUGUCAAGUAACAAUUUUACAAAAUAUUCCACCGGUGCGGUCGGACAUUUUGGAAAAAUGUAAAGGUAUGGACGCGUUUCUGUGGGCUGGUCAUCAUCCAUUGAAUGCUGAAAUCCUUGAUGCUGCCGGACCUCAAGUCAAAGCUAUUUCAACAAUGUCAGCAGGUUAUGAUUUUGUAGAUCUUGAAGAAAUCAAACGUAGGAAAAUUCCAUUUGGCAAUACUCCAGAAGUGUUGGGUAUUGCUGUUGCUGAAUUGGCAAUAGGUUUGAUGAUUUCAGCUUCCAGACGUUUUCAUGAAGGCCGAAGAUCGAUUGAAUCGUCAACAUGGAAUAGUGACAGUCUUCAGUGGAUGUUGGGCCAAGAGAUUCGAGAUGCUAAAGUUGGUUUCUUUGGAUUUGGUAAUAUUGCUCAGAAAAUUGCUGAUCGUUUGGAAGGAUUUGAAAUUGGCAGAAUUAUUUACCACACUCGAAAAGUUUCCCCCAAUGAAGAAGAAUACAAAGCAAAACAUGUCACGUUUGAUCAAUUGCUGGAACAGAGUGAUAUCCUUUUCAUUGUUUGUCCAUUGACAGCUGAAACAAAGGAAAAAUUCAACGAGAGUGCAUUUAAUAAAAUGAAGUCCAAUGCGGUUCUAAUUAAUGUCGGCAGGGGACAAAUCAUUGACCAAAAAGCUCUUUACAAUGCUUUGAAAUCAAAUAAGAUAUUUUCGGCUGGUCUUGAUGUUAUGACACCAGAACCAUUGCCAGCAGAUGAUCCUCUGUUGAGUCUUCCAAAUUGCGUGCUUGUACCACAUUUGGGAUCUGCCACAGCAAGAACCCGAGGUGACAUGGGCGUUAUUGCAGCACACAAUGUUCUUCGUGGAUUAGCUGGAGAACCUAUGUUUUCACCAGUUUAUCAACCCUGAGCUAUUUAAGAACUAAUUUUAGCAUUGUUUAAUUCGUUUUUUAAUAAAACAAGAAAUUGUUACCGAAAUAAACACGAAACUAUCAA